GCAGAACAGCGCAGUACGUAUGCAUUGGAAUAAUUAAACCCGACUCGGGCUCAGACUUGUGGCUGCUGCUUUGACUGGCAAAUAACGGUAGAAGAGUUCAGUCUUAACCAUACUCUAUAGCUUGCAAAACGAGAGUGCACGCACCUAAACGACUGAUGAGACAUAAGACCUACAAUCAUGCUAGGCCUUGGAGCGUACGAAAGCAGCAGCGAGGAUGAGGUUGAGAAGAGGGUCCCCUCCGCAACGAAGUUCGUUAAGGGGCAGCCAGUUGAACUUCCGAAAUCAGCGUAUGCGGUGCCUGAUAAGUGCCCAAGUUUGCCAGAGACGGCUACCAGCCGAGAAACCAGAGGUCCUAUUCUUGGACCAUCACAUGAAGAAGCACACCCAGAGCCGCACUCCAGCGAGCGAUCCCGCUUGUCCACAUCCCAUACACUGAUUCAUGACUUAACAUUACCCCCGGUUCCGAAUUUAGAUAUACCUCUCUCACCUCCUGGCUCACCCGAUGCCAACGCGAAUGCAAAAUUCGCCCAUUUCCUAUCGUUGAAGAAACAAGGGGUUCAUUUCAAUGAGAAGUUAGCUUUCUCAACAUCCUUAAAGAACCCCAGCUUACUCAAAAAAUUGAUGGAGCAUGCGGGAAUUGAUGGCCAGAUGCAAUAUUCCACCUCCUUGCCGUCUGAAGUAUGGGACAUGUCGGGUCUACCAAGAUGGGGUUUUAAAGAAGAACUAUUGAAGUCACAGAAGCAGUUUCACCAGAAAACCGAACAGCAGUGGAGUGCAGGCCAGAGAGAUACAAUUGACUUUGUUGCCGCCGCAACUGCUGAUUCCACUGGUGUGAGGUCAAUCUCCAAUUCACGAACAAGACCAUGUUAACUCUUCGUUAGCAUGAUCAGACCCUACUCAUUUGGGAACUCUUCGGUGCCCAAACGGACAAUUGUUGACGCCAGAGAAAAGAAUAUCAUAGUACUGAUAUAAAUGUGCUAUGCAAAACAAGAGCACCAGGACUUUCUUCGUACCCCAUCUUAAUCCAUGACUCAAAAGGCAAUUGUAUAUAUACGAUAUUCGUUUAGCUCAACAAAGGAGCAACAGUACCAGCUCCGGCCUAUAA